CACCCCAACUAGCUAGCUAUACAUCAUCCAUUUUCAUUCUUCACCUCCUACUCAUAAUAGUGAAUUUAGUCUCAGAAUUUUGAGAAAGAGUUCUCAUUCAGUGGUGUUAGGGGACGUAAAAAAGUUACGGAAUGGCACAUCAAAACUUGGGCACCAAAUUAACAGCACUUGUAGUAGAUGACAAUAAAAUCAACCGAAAGAUUCAUCAAAAGCUGUUGGAGAGUGUUGGAAUGAAAAAUCAAGGAGUGGAAAAUGGCCAAGAAGCAGUGGACAUUCAUUGCCAUGGACAAAGAUUUGACCUGAUUCUCAUGGACAUGGAUAUGCCCAUCAUGAAUGGCAUUGAGGCAACAAAGGAACUUCGCUCAAUGGGCAUUGGUAGCAUGAUUGUUGGUGUAUCAUCACGCUGUACGGAAGCAGAAAUACGAAAAUUUAUGGAAGCGGGACUGAAUGACUACCAUGAGAAACCCUUGAACAAUUCUAAGCUUAGUUCACUUCUUGAUAAGAUCAACCCCAGUUUUACUCGUAAUUAGUGGAAAUUUCAACCGGGUAAUGUAUGAAAAAGCAAAGAAGAAAAAAACUUAACCUUACCCGUUCCUUGUUUCCAAAUUCCAUGGCUAGUUUUUCCUCUCUUUUUUUUUUUCUUUUGGUGAUUCUGUAGUUCUUUUUUUACUAUGGUGAAGUCUGUGACUACGCACGUGACUAUCAAUGUUACACAAAAAUAAAGAAAAGACUUGAGGAAUAACUCUUGUUCAAUUCAUCAAUAUGGCGGAGUUGGAAGGAGAUUAGGUGUCCAUUGUAAAAAUAAAAUAAAAUUCCUAUGGCACCAAGUUAUGUAUUCUCACU